UUGAAAGACUGUGUGACACAGACCAGUGGACAAAGAAGGCAUCCUACCUCUUUCUCUUGGAAAAUCCAUAAACAUGAAGCUGUUUCUGGUUCUCAUUGUUCUGCUGUCUCAGGUACUCACAGCUUGGGCAAAACCCCCAAGAUGCUUUAAUAAUGUGGCAGGCUACUGCAAGAAGAAAUGCAAAAUGGGGGAAAUAUCUGAAAUGGGAUGUCUACAUGGAAAAUUAUGUGGUGUCAAUGAAGAGGAAAACAAAAAAUACCACAAAUCCCACCAACCACCUCCACAAUCUGAUCAGAAGGUUGCAGAGGUGUACGACUAUGUCAUUUACCCCACCGUCACACUUGUUUCGAUCCUGUGAACCAAGCACUUGAUUCCUUCGUCUCCACUUGUCCUAAAUCAGAUGCAAAUGAAGCCCAGCAGGUAGCAGUCAGAGAUGUAUCUACUUCCUUAUGUGAACUUGAUUCCUCACUUA